CACUCCCCCCCGAACCCCAGCCUGAGCCCCCUCUCCACCAUGAACACGGCCGACACCAUAUCCGACCUCACUGACCUCGGCAGCGAUUACCUUCAGGAGGUGAACGAGACCGCCAUGGAGGAGAGCAUUCUUGGGGAGGUGGAUGCCGAAGGGUACGACGUGGGAGUGCCGAGGGGCCGCGGGGAUGGGGAAGAAGGCAAAUUCGGCAAGGGUUCCUACGUGUUCCCUCCCAAACCCCCACAGGACUUCCCCACGAAGCGUCGACGCAACCCUCCCCUCAAGGACACGUCUACACUGGGGUCGCUGGCUAUCACCGUGUCAUCCGGGUCGCAGGAGUCCAACGCCCCGCCCCUUCCCAGUCCGAAUCCCCUGCGCGGCUCCGGCAUCGUCUUAAGCGUCGACGAGCCCAAGCCGAGUUCUCCCGGAGUCACCUUUUCGGACACACCUUCCAUCCACACUGAAAGUACGAGAAAUGGUCGGGCAGGAGGCUUGGUGUCCUCGGUGAUGGACGCCAAGAGCAUCUGGGAGGCGAGAUACGUCCUGAAGGAGCGGAAGACGGUCAAAACCACGUUCCAAGGGCGGGUCUACAACUUCUUGGAGAGACCGACGGGGUGGAAGUGUUUCCUCUACCACUUCUCUGUGUGA